CGCACGGAGCCGCUCGCCGCUCCCGCGGGCCGCAUGGAGCCCCGCGCCGGGGACGGCUGCUUCCUGGGAGACGUGGGUUUCUGGGUGGAGCGCACCCCUGUGCAUGAGGCAGCUCAGAGGGGGGAGAGCCGGCAGCUGCAGCAGCUGAUCGAGAAUGGCGCCUGCGUCAACCAGGUCACGGUGGACUCCAUCACACCCCUACACGCAGCCAGUCUGCAGGGCCAGGCGCAGUGUGUGCAGCUUCUGCUGGCAGCUGGUGCCCGGGUGGACGCCCGCAACAUCGAUGGCAGCACCCCUCUCUGUGAUGCCUGUGCCUCAGGCAGCAUUGAGUGUGUGAAGCUUUUGCUGUCCUAUGGGGCAAAAGUCAACCCCCCUCUGUACACAGCGUCCCCUCUGCAUGAGGCCUGCAUGAGCGGGAGUUCCGAGUGUGUCAGACUUCUCAUCGAGGUGGGAGCUAAUCUGGAGGCCCAUGAUUGCCAUUUUGGGACCCCUCUACACGUUGCCUGUGCUCGUGAGCAUCUGGACUGUGUCAAAGUGUUGCUCAAUGCAGGGGCCAAUGUGAAUGCUGCGAAACUCCAUGAGACAGCUCUUCAUCAUGCGGCCAAGGUGAAGAAUGUCGACCUUAUUGAGAUGCUCAUAGAGUUUGGAGGCAACAUCUAUGCCCGGGACAACCGAGGGAAGAAGCCCUCAGACUACACGUGGAGCAGCAGUGCCCCAGCCAAGUGCUUUGAGUACUAUGAAAAGACACCUCUGUCCUUGUCACAGCUCUGCAGGGUGAGUUUGAGGAAGGCGGCUGGUGUUCGAGGGCUGGAGAAAAUCGCCAAGUUAAACAUACCUCCCCGCCUCAUCGACUACCUUUCCUAUAACUGAGCUGCAGGCAGGGCCAGGCUGCCUGGUGACUUAGCUGGCUGUCACUUGCUGCACCCAGCCUUGGGCCCCAAGGCUUCUGCUGUUUGUCUGAAGCGCCAUCAUCAGCUGUAGAGAGAACAGUGGAGCCUUUUCUUGGAGGAGCUCUCUGAGGCCUCAAGAGUGUCUUGGGUCACAUUUGUGAACAUGACCCUUGCUGAUCCUCUGAAACUCAUGCUUCACUCUGGGGUAGACUGAGCUCUCCAGUUUUCUCUUGUCACCAACACUCUCAAAGGCACUCAAGACAGAUGGUUCAGGUUGCACAGGGGAGGCCAGGCAAGGCUGGGGUCUUAGGACACAACUGUCAAUGUUCCUAUGUCUUGGUGGCAUGUCACAGAAGUAUCAGGUCCCAGGUAGCCUGGAAUGAUCAUUCUGCUGACCUGCCACCUGGACUUUCUUUGAAGGGCAGCAGCUGGCACUUUCCCAGGUCUACCUGCACCCAAGUCUAUCCAACUCAGGGGCUUUAGAUGGGUCAGACUGGGGAAGGGUCAAGCAGUGUUUCUUAGGAUGUUUGUCUGAAAUAUUAGGGCUCAACUCUUUUAAAAAGUUAAUGUAGGUUGAAGAACCUAUAGAGGAGCUGUAUGUAUGUGUGGGUGGUGGAUGGGUGGAUAGACAGAUAGACAGACAGACUGCAAGACUUCAACAAGGAUUUGUAUAUUAGCCUUAUAAACAAUAGGUAAUGUGAAGGCCUUGUGGUUUAUACUCUCAUAUGUAGUCAUUUCCAGUGUAAAGGGCUGAUAGAUUGUUUAGGGGUAGUUUUUCCAUCUGUUUCUAUAUUUGCCAAAAGAAUUUUUUGCCCACUUUUUUUUUUUUUUUUUUUGGCUAGCCUCUUGAAGCUAUGUCACUAGUAGAAAAGAUUGGUGAUAUCCUAGCUUCCCUAACGUGCAUGGGUUCACUCAUCUUUGCAGAUGCUUCUGGAAUAUCUGUAUUGCACAACACAUAAAUCCACAGCUUUGAACUGCAUCAGAAGGUGACUUAUUGAGGCAGAAAGAAGUUGUUCCUUUCCUAUAAAUACUAGAAAUAAGUCUUUCUUUAUUAUGGGCCACUAGUUGAAAUAUUAAGUCCUGUACUUAGACUACAUUUUCCUAACCUUCUGUGUAACAGUAAUCAUGAUGAUAAGCCCCCCAUGCAGCACAGAGUUGCACGUGCAUGCAGAGGGUUUGCACUGAGCACUCACACUGAGGAGAGCCAUCCUACUCCGUUAGUCUUAGCUAUGAAUCUGAACAGGUCCGUGUUUCUGCAUGUCAUGUAACGGCCGUAACUUUGUAAGGAGCAAUGAGUUCUGCCUCUUCCUUCUUUGUAACAGAAACUUACCUCUAACGAUGAAGUCUGAUAGCCUCAUCCGAUAUACCUCUCAAUGUCCAGUCGGGUCCCUACACCACAAUUGCUCAAUAAAGUGGCUGAAUGAAGCUCA